GGCUUUGGAUGCUUCUGCUCGGGGCUACAAGAAAAUGGAGACAAAACGAAUUCUUCGUAGCAUCUCACACGGUCGAUCCUCAGCUGAGGGUCUUCGGCCAGCUGGCCACCGACUAGACCUGUUAAUAACAGAGCAGAGGACAUUAGUCAAGACCACACAAGAGAGUCUUCAAAAAGCUCUGAAACAGUAUCAAACAUCAAGUUCAAAGGAGGAGCAAGAGAGUGCUAGAAUGCAAGUACAUUCACUGCUGACUCGAGCACAGGAGCUUGUCGUAACUGUUCAGGUUAUCCUUCAUAUUAGAUCAGAGAUUGGGCACAUUCAGCAGGAAAUUCGAAAUACAAAAGCAAGACAUGAACCGACGAGUAAGUUGCAUGGUCGUCUCCAAUGGCUAGAGCAGCACUUGGAGAAGAUGCUGAUGGCCAAGAGAAGAGGACGCCCUGGUGCUCACGGGGGGAGGAGAGCACAGGCACAAGCUCAGGUGGGUCAUGCAAGGCCAGUCAGGGGACAACCACUAAGAGAAGCAGUGAGCAUUGGAACAAUAAGCAGAGGAGACGAUCUCUCUGAUUUUGAUCGGACAUCGCCACAAGGCUCUCCGUGGAAAUCAACAGAAUCUACGGGAACAUCGAAUAUACAGAACAUCCGUAGCCUCAGUUCCAAGCACUCUGCCAGCCACGACAGUGAUGCCUGGCACAGUGAGAGUGAAGCCAACUGGACAAUGGUGGAGACGUAUUCCAACCAACCGAAGGAUAUUUCUCAGAGUCAAGUCUUGAGUGAAGAUGAACAGAAACAGAUGUGCACUCCCAACUGGUCCAAGUCUGUCAUCACAGAGCAGCAGUCGAUAUCGGCUAGUCCUCAAGCCCCAGGUGGGGAAAAGAAAAGGUAUUCUUCAUUGGCCCUACAUCGGAGAGAUUUCUCUGUGGAUAGCAGCGAAGGAUGGAACUUGCAAGGAACAACUUGUAAUUUCGAACCAAGACGUCCUCUUGAAAUUUUUGGUGAAUGUUCGUGGAAUUCUUUGAGUCUGGCUACUAAUUCUAAUCUGGUUCAAUCAGCUUCUGGUAUGACUCAAGAUGUGGUUGGUUUGUCACUGUCAAUGCUGCAUGCCGGUGUGAGUGACAUCAGCAAUGACAUUGAGACUCUUAAGAAACUGAUUGUGAAUGCUGGGCAAGCAGCCACUAACUUGGGACCAUUUGUAUCAACAAACAAAGCGGCCGUUCACUUUACACUCAACUCAAGAGACAAGUCAGCUACUAAAAGGUCGACAACAUUCAAUGUACAGGGAAAGUCCCCCUCACAUGAUUUGAACAGCCUACCUUCCCUCGAUGACAUCACGUCAGAAUGCAGCAAGCUAAGUCCAUCCAAGAAACCAUACGGCAAACAAGUCACUCGUAAUCGAUCAUCCACUUACCCCCGUGUCACAAGUGUCUGGUGCAAGAGCACCCCCCUCAAGAGCACCCAGGCACCACUAUUGAGAAUUAGUGUUCCGAAUAGUGCAGCAGCAGUGAAGCUGAGUAUUGCUAGUAAGAGCCCGGCCAGAUUACGGAGAAUAUCGCGGAUGUCUAAAACAGGAUCUAGGAGAGCUUCAAGAGGCGGCUACUCAGUCACAGACAAAGAUGACAUCUUUGACAAGGAAGUGCACCAACAAAGAUACAUCAUUGAACUAUUAUAUCAAACGACAUCAUCAGUGCAUGAUGCGAGAAAGAGCAGUAUUCAGGCGUUGGGAUUGCUUCCAUUCAAGAGUGAGGAGGUAGAGAAAAGACUGCAAGAAAUUAUGAUGUCAGACAGUGCACCUUUAGUGCAGUAUGAAGCGUUCAAGUCUCUGCUAUCGCUAGGAAUUGUAAACACCGAAAUAAUUUCUUUCGCUGGAACCUGUCUCAGAGGUUCUGCCUUAUUAAGCUAUGAUCUACUUUCAUUCCUUUCUCAAGACCAUAUUAUCAAACAUCUAUCCAAAAAGUGUGACGAUAUUCAAUUGUCGUUGGUUGAGGUAUUGCAUCAAGAUCUCUUGGGGCUAUUGAAAGAAGACCAUUCGCGAUUAUCAUUUCUGAUAGCUUUGCUAUUCAGUGAAGCUGGAUUGGAACAAGAACUUUGCCUUGAACCGUUGAAACAAACUUUAAGUUCGUCUUCACCUGAACAUCAAAAUCAGGCUCUGUGUUGUUUAAUUAAAUGCUGGAAAUGUCAUGAUAGCGUUGUAGUGUGCUCAGCUUUACAGCAAAUGAAAAAGCUGCACAACUGGAAACUACGUCAGCGAUCUAUCGAGUACUUGACUACAGUUGACAAGAAAUCACUGAUUAUUAUUUCAACUGAUGAAACAAAGCGAAAUAUAUACGAUGUUCUGCUUGAUCGACUUCCUAACGAGCCCAUUCUGGUUGUUCGUUUAGCCAUUGGAAAGCUACUGACUCACCUGGAGCUCAGAACUAAGGCUGAACACACUUUAAUUGGGAAACUGGAGCAUAAAAAUGAAGUGAUUCGAACUGAAGCCAUAACUGCUCUGAGUGCCUUUGACAACCCAAGUUCUAAGAAUGUGCGAGCGUUCAUCGAAUGUCUGAAUUUCGAUCCAAGCAAUUAUGUUCGUGUGCAAGUGGUGAGGUUGUUUUCUAACAUGUGGCAUCGCAAUCCGCUCAUUCUGAAUCAACUGAUUGAGAAAAGCAGAGGAACGGGACAUGUUGCACAAGAGUGUUUGGCGGUUCUGGCAAGAAUAUCAAAAACUUGAACAUUGCAGCUAUAAUAUUAUUCGUUUUUAUAGGAAUGUGUUGUUAGGCUCAUGAAUAUGAUCAGCUAGUGUCUAA